AUGAGUAUAAAAACAUGUUUAAAAAGUUUUAUUAAUUCUCAAAAUACAGGUUAUAUAUUAUGCUUUAAAAUAACUAAAUAUGAUAUUUUUUGUUUAAUAACUUUUACUAUCAUAUUUAUUUUAUCUUUAUAUGUAAAAUUUAUUCGAGAUAUUUUAGUUAAUGUGAUUCUAUCUGUUUUUUAUAGUAUGAUUCUAAGUCUUCUUAUCUCAAUCAUUUAUUAUGGAAGGAAUGAUUCUUUAAAUCGUUUAAAAAUACUUUUAUCAGAUAAGGAUGUUUUAGAUAAGGAUGGAAAAAUUGGAAUAGAAUAUAUAUUUAUGAGCUGUUUUAUACUUUAUCUUACUACUAUAUUUUUUACAUGGAGAUUAUUUUGGAAGAAAGAAAACUAUUGUUAA